AGCUGCUCCAGCUGCUCCGGGUGGAGCGCCCGAGCCCCGAGCUGUGGCUGCUUAGGGCGGCGGGCUGGCGGAGGGGAGCACCGGACCACCAGCGCAGGCUGCCGGGCCCGGGGGCAACCGCCCGCGGGAAACCGGGAAGCGGAGGGGCCGCAGAGGGACCGCCUGCAGCCGGGAGGAGAAGACCAGGGCUGGGCUUUCCUCACCCCGGUACUUUCUCAUCCCAUAACUUCAGUGUCCUGAAAUCUGAGGAUUCCACCAAGAUAAUAUGAUAGGAACUUGCAGUGACUUGGAGCCAUAUCCUACUUAGACGAAUGCAGGCCUUCCAGAUUUCCUGAGAGCUUGGUAUAACAGCACACACUGUAACAGGCGCAGGCAAUAAUGCCGUCUUUGCCUCAAGAAAGAGUUAUUCAGGGACCCUCUCCCCUGGAUCUGAAUACAGAAUUGCCUUAUCAAAGCACAAUGAAAAGGAAAAUCCGAAAGAAGAAAAAGAAGGGAACCAUUACAGCAAAUGUUGCCGGGACAAAGUUUGAAAUUGUUCGUUUAGUAAUAGAUGAAAUGGGAUUUAUGAAAACUCCAGAUGAGGAUGAAACAAGUAACCUUAUAUGGUGUGAUUCUGCGGUUCAGCAGGAGAAGAUUGCAGAGCUGCAGAAUUACCAGAGGAUCAACCAUUUUCCAGGAAUGGGGGAGAUCUGUCGAAAGGAUUUCUUAGCAAGAAAUAUGACCAAAAUGAUCAAGUCCCGGCCUCUGGAUUAUACCUUUGUUCCUCGAACAUGGAUCUUUCCUGCUGAAUAUAUGCAAUUCCAGAACUACAUGAAAGAAUUGAAGAAAAAAAGAAAGCAGAAAACUUUUAUAGUAAAACCAGCUAAUGGUGCAAUGGGUCAUGGGAUUUCUUUGAUAAGAAAUGGUGACAAACUUCCAUCUCAGGAUCAUUUGAUUGUUCAAGAAUACAUUGAAAAGCCUUUCCUAAUGGAAGGUUACAAGUUUGAUUUACGAAUUUAUAUUCUGGUGACAUCGUGUGAUCCACUGAAAAUAUUUCUCUACCAUGAUGGACUUGUGCGAAUGGGAACAGAGAAAUACAUUCCACCUAAUGAGUCUAAUUUGAUUAAUGAUCUUGGAAAAAUUCUAGAGUCCAUUAGUGAUCACAGUUUUAAUAUUUUUUUUAAGGAAGAAGAUAUUUUGGAUCUUCUGGAACAAUGUGAAAUUGAUGAUGAAAAAUUGAUGGGCAAAACUGCCAAGCCUCGAGGACCAAAGCCUCUGUCCUCCAUGCCUGAGAGCUCUGAGGUAAUGAAAAGACAGAAAUACUACAGCAGUGACAGCAGUUACGACAGCAGCCGCAGCGCUUCAGAAUCGGAGGACAACGAGAACGAAGAGUACCAAAAUAAGAACAGAGAAAAGCAAGUUACGUAUAACCUUAAACAGUCCAACAACUACAAAUUAAUUCAACAAUCCAGCUCCAUUAGGCGCUCAGUCAGUUGCCCUCGGUCCAUCUCUUCUCAGUCACCUUCUAGCGCGGACAGCCGCCCCUUUUCUGCGCAACAAGUGAUACCAGCAUCCCGGCCAACUUCAGGGUCCCGGUCACAUUCUUUAAACCGUGCCUCCUCCUACAUGAGGCAUCUGCCUCACACUAAUGAUGCCAGCUCUCCUAACUCUCAGAUGAGUGAGUCUUUGCGGCAACUGAGAACAAAGGAACAAGAAGAUGAUCUAACAAGUCAGACCUUAUUUGUCCUCAAGGACAUGAAGAUCCGGUUUCCAGGAAAAUCAGAUGCAGAAUCAUUACUUCUGAUAGAAGAUAUCAUUGAUAACUGGAAGUAUCAUAAAACAAAAGUGGCUUCAUAUUGGCUCAUAAAAUUGGACUCUGUAAAACAACGGAAAGUGAGUAAUGCCAAAAAAUAGGUUUGCCCUUUGGGGUUAUGUAUUAAGAUCAUUAAACCAUAUUCAUA